ACAGUAAAGAAAUUUAAUAAAACUUUUGAUUUGUCGCCUGUAAUGGCGCCUUAAAAGCUAGUGGACGACAAUCUCGUGCAUAAAUAGAAAGACAAACAAACUUGGCACCAAAACUCCCCAACGCUUUACAUGCCUCCUCCCCCCUAUCUCAAUGUUGAAAUACUGUUACUCGGUCAUCUGGCUCUUUAACAUUAAAAUAUGGGGUUUUUUGAGCAUAACUUUAAGCUGAUUUUAUCUCGAUAUAUUUGCACACGAUUUUAAGCCCAAAUAAAUAGAACUUCAUUUAGAAUAGCAAUUGCUUUACUUUUUAAAGCAAAUUUUCUUCAAAAACAGAUACCAAGUGAUGGAAUUUGAAAUAACAAUUAAAAAAAAUAACAAUCAAAAAAUAUGAUGUCAGCAAAAUUAUUGCAGUCGUCAUUUUUUUCUGCCAUUACUUAUCCAAAAGCAUAAAACAUUACACACAAAAAAUUAAGCCUUUCAUCCCACUCUAACACUCCAUAUUUUCCAACUAUACUCCGACUUAAAGAGGGUUAAAAGGGCCAAGGUGGUUAAAUCAACUAUGAUUAAAAUUACCAAGAAUUUCACCACAUAAACUACCUAUGUGUUGCAUCACGUGGUUAACCAUACAUUUUUUUGGAACUGGUAACAUGCAAAGUAUGACUAAUUGAACUUCCGUACCUCUAACAGCUUCCUUGUGGUAGAAAUAAAUGUUUCGAUAAAUGUGUCGAAACAUCCUCGUAUUGACAAGUAGGUUUUAUUACAUAAUUAAUGAACCAUUAAUUAGAAAAUAGCAAAAUGAUCAAAUUUGGUAAUUAUCACCUAAUUGGUUUGGAAAGAUAUAAAAGGCAUUCAAAGAAAAAGAGGUAUCACUUUGGAAACUGAGGACCAGAAAUAAAUGAAGUAGACGUGAACGCCAGUAAAGAAAAAUAGUGAGGCACUUUUUUAAUCCUGACAAAAUGAAAACUGUGUUGCUAAUUUUUCUUGUCACAGCUGCUGUUUUAACAGUUCAUGCUGAAAAAGAUGAAGAAGAAGAGUACAGCAUUCAGCCAGAAAAUCAAUUUGAUGUUCGAUAUCACAUGGGAAAUGAUGUCGACAGUCACGAUCCACUACUGUUUAAAAGAAUCAAGCGAAAAAUAAGAAAAGGCGUGAGAAGGAUUAGAAGAAAAGUUAGAAAGGCGGUGAGAAAAGUACGGCGAGGAAUUCGACGAGUGAGAAAGGUUGGUCGCAAAAUAAGGCGAGGAAUUCGACGAGUGAGAAAGGUUGGUCGCAAAAUAAGGCAAGGAAUUCGCCGAGUUCGUCGGUUUCGAAUACGUCAAAAACAAAACGAUUUUAUUCGAAGAAGAGGCAGAGGCAGAGGAAGAGGAAAAGGAAGAGGCAGAGGCAGAGGCAGAGGACGAGGCAGAGGACAAGGUAGAGGUGGAGGCAGACGAGGCAGAGGCAGAGGUAGAGGCAGAGGUAGAGGCAGAGGGAAAGGAAGAGGAAGAGGCAGACGCGGGCGUUUCCAUGGUUGAUGCAGAACAGGACAAAGAACUACUCAUAUUUUACUGGGAUAAAACUUGCAACGUUAACGUAUGUAUUUUGAUUGGUGCUUGUGAAAUAUAAAAUUAAAAUCAUA